UUCACGGCUGCGCGCUUCCUGCGCAACAGGACUCUUGUGAGCACUGCCGAGUGGAGUCAGUCCACCCAUCAUACACCUCAGCUAACUAACCUUACGCUGUGCUAAGCAGGUAGCGGUACAAUGAGAGAUAUUCUGCAUGGGCCGAAUCGCAGAUAAUUGUCCGACAUAGUAGUGGAAACACGUUAGGCCGUCCAGAUGGUGAUCAUGUCAGGCACAGCCACUGUGCUGCAGCAGUUUGUCAGUGGGCUGAAGAGUCGAAAUGAAGACACCAGAGCAAAAUCUGCCAAAGAUCUGCAGCACUAUGUGACUACAGAGCUCAGAGAGUUGAGCCAAGAUGAAGCCACUACAUUCUAUGAUGAGUUAAACCAUCACAUAUUUGAGCUGGUAUCCAGCUCUGAUGUGAAUGAAAAGAAAGGAGGGAUUCUUGCCAUAGUGAGCCUAAUUGGAGUAGAGGGAGGCAAUGCCACCAGGAUCAGCCGAUUUGCCAACUACCUGCGCAACCUGCUCCCUUCCAGCGACCCUGUUGUCAUGGAGAUGGCCUCUAAAGCCAUGGGCCACCUAUCCAUGGCUGGGGACACCUUUACUGCUGAAUAUGUGGAGUUUGAAGUGAAGAGGGCCCUGGAGUGGUUGGGAGCAGACAGAAAUGAAGGCAGACGCCAUGCCGCAGUGUUGGUGUUGAGGGAGCUCGCUGUGAGUGCGCCUACCUUCUUCUUUCAGCAAGUGCAGCCCUUCUUUGACAACGUUUUUUACGCAGUAUGGGACCCCAAGCAGGCGAUCCGAGAAGGUGCUGUGUCCGCCCUGCGUGCCUGUCUCAUCCUCACCACACAGAGGGAGACCAAAGAAAUGCAGAAACCACAGUGGUACAAACAAACCUUUGAGGAAGCAGAGAAAGGCUUUGAUGAGACUUUGGCCAAAGAGAAAGGGAUGAAUCGCGACGACAGGGUCCACGGUGCUCUUCUCAUCCUGAAUGAGCUGGUUCGCAUCAGCAGCAUGGAGGGAGAGCGUAUGCGUGAGGAGAUGGAGGAGAUCACGCAGCAGCAGCUGGUCCACGAUAAAUACUGCAAGGAGCUGAUGGGAUUUGGAACCAAGCCGCGCCACAUCACACCCUUCACCAGCUUCCAGUCGGUGCAGCCACAGCAGUCCAAUGCCCUCCUGGGCUUGUUGGGCUACAGCACACCUCAGGGAUUUCUCAGCUUCGGGGCCACACCGGUACCUGCCAAGACCUCACUGGUGGAGAGUCGAUACUGCCGUGAGCUGAUGGAGGAGCGAUUUGACCAGGUGUGUCGGUGGGUACUGAAAUACAGGACCAGUAAAAACCCUCUGAUCCAGAUGACCAUCCUCAACCUCCUUCCACGCUUGGCGGCCUUCCAUCCACAUACCUUUACAGACCAGUACCUUCCAGACACUAUGGGCUACCUGCUGGGCUGUCUGAAGAAGGAGAAGGAAAGAACAGCAGCUUUCCAAGCUCUGGGGCUGCUGGUGGUGGCUGUCAGGGCUGACAUACAACCAUACCUCUCUAAGAUCCUUGAGAUCAUCAAGGCCGCCCUGCCACCCAAGGACUUUGCACACAAGAGGCAAAAGACCAUGCAAGUGGAUGCCACAGUGUUCACCUGCAUUAGCAUGCUUUCCAGAGCUAUGGGUCCCAGCAUCCAGCCAGACAUCAAGGAGCUGCUGGAGCCUAUGCUGGCUGUGGGCCUCAGUCCUGCACUUACAGCGGUGUUGUACGACCUGAGCCGUCAAAUCCCCCAGCUUAAGAAGGACAUCCAGGAUGGUUUGCUGAAGAUGCUUUCCUUGGUGUUAAUGCACAAGCCACUGCGUCACCCCGGCAUGCCCAAAGGCCUGGCCCACCAGCUGGCCUCACCGAGCCUCACAAACAUUCCAGAGGCCAGUGACGUUGGCAGCAUCACCCUGGCCCUGCGCACACUGGGAAGCUUUGAGUUCGAGGGACACUCCCUGACCCAGUUUGUGCGUCACUGUGCUGAUCACUUCUUGAACAGUGAACACAAGGAAAUCCGGAUGGAGGCAGCUCGGACCUGCUCACGCCUCCUCACUCCCUCCAUCCAUCUGAUCAGUGGCCAUGUUGUCAGCCAGACUGCUGUGCAGGUUGUUGCAGAUGUGCUCAGCAAGCUGCUCGUUGUCGGUAUCACAGAUCCAGAUCCAGAUAUCCGAUACUGCGUGCUGGCAUCCCUUGAUGAACGUUUCGAUGCUCACCUCGCCCAGGCUGAGAACUUGCAGGCGCUGUUUGUUGCACUGAAUGAUGAGGUGUUUGAGAUCAGAGAGCUGGCCAUCUGCACCAUUGGACGCCUCAGUAGCAUGAACCCUGCCUUUGUCAUGCCCUUCCUCCGCAAGAUGCUCAUCCAGAUUUUAACAGAGUUGGAGCACAGCGGUGUUGGCAGGAACAAAGAGCAGAGUGCACGUAUGCUCGGUCACCUGGUCUCCAACGCCCCCCGCCUCAUACGACCGUAUAUGGAACCCAUCCUCAAGGCUUUGAUCCUCAAACUGAAAGAUCCAGACCCCAACCCUGGCGUCGUUAUUAGUGUCCUUGCAACCAUCGGAGAGUUGGCUCAGGUGAGUGGACUGGAGAUGAGGAAGUGGAUGGAUGAGCUUUUUCCAAUCAUCAUGGACAUGCUUCAGGACUCCUCAUCACUGGCCAAGCGACAGGUGGCUCUGUGGACACUGGGCCAGCAGGUGGCUAGUACAGGCUACGUUGUGGAGCCCUACCGCAAGUACCCUUCCCUUCUCGAGGUGCUGCUCAACUUCCUCAAGACUGAACAAAACCAAGGCAUCAGGAGAGAGGCUAUACGUGUUCUUGGUCUUCUUGGAGCUCUGGAUCCCUACAAACACAAGGUGAACAUCGGCAUGAUCGACCAGUCCCGAGACGCCUCUGCCGUCAGUCUCUCUGAGUCCAAGUCCAGCCAGGACUCUGCGGACUACAGCACCAGUGAAAUGCUCGUGAACAUGGGCAACCUGCCCUUGGACGAGUUUUACCCUGCUGUGGCUAUUGUCACUUUGAUGCGCAUCCUGAGAGACCCUUCACUCUCCAACCACCAUACUAUGGUGGUCCAGGCCGUCACCUUCAUCUUCAAGUCUUUGGGUCUCAAGUGUGUCCAGUUCUUACCACAGGUCAUGCCCACUUUCCUGAACGUCAUUCGAGUCUGUGAUGCCAGCAUUCGAGAGUUCCUCUUCCAGCAGAUGGGAAUGGUGGUGUGCUUUGUGAAGAUUCACAUCCGCCCCUACAUGGACGACAUCUUCACCCUCAUCAGAGAGUACUGGACACCAAACAACCCCAUGCAGAACACCAUCAUCCUUCUGAUUGAGCAGAUUGUGGUGGCGCUGGGUGGCGAGUUCAAGCUCUACCUGCCUCAGCUCAUCCCACACAUGCUGCGUGUCUUCAUGCACGACAACAGCACCGGGCGCAGUGUUACCAUCAAGCUCCUCAAUGCCAUACAACAGUUUGGUGCCAACCUCGAUGACUACCUCCAUUUGUUGCUGCCUCCCAUCGUCAAACUGUUUGAUGCCUCUGACGUGCCCCUGCAGGCCCGCAAGGUUGCCUUGGAGACACUUGACCGGCUGACAGAGUCCCUGGACUUCACAGACUAUGCUUCACGUAUAAUCCACCCAAUUGUUCGGACACUUGACAGCACACCCGAGCUGCGUUCCACCUCUAUGGACACACUGUCCUCACUAGUGUUCCAGCUGGGCAAGAAGUACCAGAUCUUCAUCCCUAUGGUUAACAAAGUGAUGCUAAAGCACCGGAUCAACCACCAGCGCUACGACAUACUCAUAUGUCGCAUUGUUAAGGGCUACACUCUGGCAGAGGAGGAAGAGGACCCACUAAUCUUCCAACAUCGCCAGCUUCGUAGUAAUGCUGAUGCUCUAGUCAGUGGGCCAGUGGAGGCAGGGCCAAUGAAGAAGCUUCACGUCAGCACCACUGCACUUCAGAAGGCUUGGGGUGCUGCCCGGAAGGUGUCCAAAGAUGACUGGCUGGAGUGGCUGAGACGCUUGAGUGUUGUGCUGCUCAAAGAAUCAUCUUCCCCAGCCCUGCGAUCGUGCUGGUCACUGGCUCAGACCUACAUCCCUCUUGCCAGAGAUCUGUUUAAUGCAGCUUUCCUGUCCUGUUGGUCUGAGCUGAGUGAGGACCAGCAAGACGAGCUCAUCCGCAGCAUCGAGUUAGCGCUCACAUCUCAAGACAUCGCUGAGGUCACACAGACUCUGCUCAACUUGGCAGAGUUCAUGGAGCACAGUGACAAGGGCCCCUUACCCCUCAGAGAUGAUAAUGGCAUCGUGCUGCUUGGCGAGAGGGCUGCCAAAUGCCGUGCCUACGCCAAGGCACUGCAUUACAAAGAACUGGAGUUUCAGAAAGGGCCUUCUCCUCUCAUCCUGGAAUCUCUCAUCAGCAUCAACAAUAAACUGCAGCAGCCAGAAGCUGCAUCUGGGGUACUGGAAUAUGCCAUGAAACAUUUUGGUGAAUUGGAAAUCCAAGCCACCUGGUAUGAGAAGCUGCAUGAAUGGGAGGAUGCCCUGGUGGCGUACGACAAGAAGAUUGACAUGAACAAAGAGGAUCCGGAGCUUAUCCUGGGCAGAAUGCGCUGCUUAGAGGCCCUUGGAGAAUGGGGCCAGUUGCACCAGCAGUGCUGUGAAGAAUGGACGCUGGUCAGCGAGGAGACCCAAGCCAAGAUGGCUCGAAUGGCUGCUGCCGCCGCCUGGGGUCUAGGACACUGGGACAGCAUGGAGGAGUAUACGUGUAUGAUCCCAAGAGACACGCAUGACGGCGCAUUUUACAGAGCAGUGCUAGCACUACACCAGGACCUCUUCUCAUUGGCCCAGCAGUGUAUUGAUAAAGCAAGAGACCUGUUGGAUGCUGAACUGACAGCGAUGGCUGGAGAGAGCUACAGUCGAGCCUAUGGGGCCAUGGUGUCUUGCCAGAUGCUGUCAGAGCUGGAGGAGGUCAUCCAGUAUAAGCUGGUGCCAGAGAGAAGGGACAUCAUUAGAGAAACAUGGUGGGAGAGGCUUCAGGGUUGUCAGCGUAUUGUUGAAGAUUGGCAGAGGAUCCUAAUGGUCAGAUCCCUGGUGAUCAGCCCCCAUGAGGACAUGAGGACUUGGUUGAAAUAUGCCAGCCUUUGUGGCAAGAGUGGACGCCUGGCCCUCGCCCAUAAGACCCUGGUGCUCCUCCUUGGCGUUGACCCCUCGAAGCAGCUGGAUCACCCGCUGCCCACAACCCACCCACAUGUCACAUAUGCAUACAUGAAGUACAUGUGGAAGAGCGCCCGCAAGAUUGAUGCCUUCCAGCACAUGCAGCAUUUUGUUCAAGGGGUGCAGCAGCAGGCCCAGCACGCCAUUGCGGCCGAGGACCAUCAACGUAAGCAGGAGCUUCACAAACUGAUGGCCAGAUGUUUCUUGAAGCUGGGUGAGUGGCAGCUCAGUCUGCAGGGCAUCAAUGAAAGCACCAUUCCCAAAGUCCUGCAGUAUUACAGCAAUUCAACAGAGCAUGACCGCAACUGGUACAAGGCCUGGCAUGCCUGGGCUGUGAUGAAUUUCGAGGCUGUGCUGCACUACAAACACCAGAAUCAGGGACGUGAUGAGAAGAAGAAACUACGACACGCCAGCGGAGCCAGUGCUAAUAGUGAAGCCAGCAACAGCGACAGUGAGGUCGAUAGCACUGAUCACAGUCCCGUACCCUCACCGGGCCAGAAGAAGGUCAAUGAGGACCUCUCGAAGACGCUGCUCUUGUACACAGUUCCUGCUGUUCAAGGUUUCUUCCGCUCCAUUUCUCUAUCAAGAGGAAAUAACCUGCAGGACACACUCAGGGUUUUGACGCUGUGGUUUGACUACGGUCAUUGGCCUGAAGUGAAUGAAGCUCUGGUGGAGGGCAUCAAAACCAUUCAAAUAGACACUUGGCUACAGGUGAUCCCUCAGCUCAUAGCUCGAAUUGACACCCCUCGAGCCCUUGUGGGUCGUCUCAUCCACCAGCUGCUAACAGACAUUGGACGGUAUCAUCCCCAGGCUUUGAUCUACCCUCUGACUGUGGCUUCCAAGUCCACCACCACUGCCCGUCACAAUGCAGCUAACAAGAUCCUGAAGAAUAUGUGUGAACACUGCAACACUCUGGUUCAGCAGGCCAUGAUGGUGAGUGAGGAGCUUAUCCGAGUGGCCAUCUUGUGGCAUGAGAUGUGGCACGAGGGCCUUGAAGAAGCUUCACGUCUUUACUUUGGUGAACGCAACGUCAAGGGCAUGUUUGCUGUGCUGGAACCUUUGCACGCCAUGAUGGAAAGGGGACCACAGACUCUCAAAGAGACCUCUUUUAACCAGGCUUAUGGCAGGGACUUGAUGGAGGCUCAAGACUGGUGCAGGAAGUACAUGCGCUCUGGAAAUGUGAAAGACUUGACCCAGGCCUGGGACCUCUAUUACCAUGUGUUCAGACGCAUCUCCAAACAGCUGCCACAGCUGACCUCCCUGGAGCUACAAUAUGUGUCUCCAAAGCUGCUGAUGUGUCGAGACCUGGAGCUUGCUGUACCUGGCACUUACGACCCCAACCAGCCUAUUAUACGCAUCCAGUCCAUCGCCCCCUCCCUGCAGGUCAUCACCUCCAAGCAGCGCCCACGCAAACUCACCAUCAUGGGUAGUAACGGCCAUGAGUUCAUGUUCCUGUUGAAGGGCCACGAGGACCUGAGGCAGGACGAGAGAGUCAUGCAACUGUUUGGUCUGGUCAACACACUGCUGGCCAACGACCCUGCGUCCUUGCGCAAGAACCUCAGCAUUCAGCGCUAUGCCGUGAUCCCCCUGUCCACCAACUCAGGCCUGAUUGGCUGGGUGCCCCACUGUGACACCCUGCAUGCCCUCAUCAGAGACUACAGAGAGAAGAAAAAGAUUUUGCUUAACAUUGAACAUCGCAUCAUGCUCAGGAUGGCCCCAGACUAUGACCACCUGACACUGAUGGAGAAGGUGGAGGUGUUUGAACACGCUGUGAACAACACAGCUGGAGACGACCUGGCCAAGCUCUUGUGGCUCAAGAGCCCAAGCUCUGAGGUGUGGUUCGACAGAAGAACCAACUACACCCGCUCCUUGGCUGUGAUGUCUAUGGUGGGCUACAUCCUCGGGUUGGGCGACAGGCAUCCAUCGAACUUGAUGUUGGACCGAUUGAGUGGCAAGAUCUUACACAUUGACUUUGGAGACUGUUUUGAGGUGGCCAUGACCAGAGAAAAGUUUCCUGAAAAGAUCCCGUUCAGACUGACGAGGAUGCUGACCAAUGCGAUGGAGGUAACUGGCUUGGACGGUAACUACAGGAUCACCUGCCACACGGUGAUGGAGGUGCUGAGGGAGCAUCGGGACAGCGUCAUGGCUGUGCUGGAGGCCUUCGUCUAUGAUCCAUUGCUCAACUGGAGGCUCAUGGACACAAAUACCAAAGGCAACAAGCGUUCACGCACCAGGACGGACUCGUACACCGCUGGACAGUCAGUGGAGGCCCUUGAGGGAAUAGACCUCGGAGAGACCACACACAAGAAACCAGGGACCACAGUGCCUGAAUCCAUCCACUCCUUCAUUGGAGAUGGGUUGGUACAGCCUGAGGCACUCAACAAGAAAGCUAUUCAGAUUAUCAACAGGGUCCGGGACAAACUUACGGGUCGAGACUUUUCCCACGACGAGACACUGGAUGUACCAACACAAGUAGAGCUCCUCAUCAAGCAAGCCACGUCUCAUGAAAACCUGUGCCAGUGCUACAUCGGAUGGUGUCCGUUUUGGUGAAGAAGAGUCUCUUUCAGCCAAGGUUGCACUUGACAUUCUUUCUCACUGACAAACUAAGAAGGAGCACUCAACUCAAAUCCACUGAAAAAUGUCCUUAAGCCACAGCACAGAGCCUUUUGAAAGCUGUUUUUGUUUGUUUGUUUUUUUCCUUUGCUGUUGUAGAAUUGUACAAUUGGCAAGUGGCAUGUUCUAAGCUUAUGAGAAAGUAUCCCGAAAGCUCUGUUUUUACCUGUUUACUAUAAUUUAACUAAAAUUGCUUCGAAUGACAUAUUUUUUUUUGCAUCAUAAUCACUUGCUAAAUGCUUUUUACAGUGGCCAUAUUGUAAUAAGUUAUGACAUUUCUUACUUACACUCUGUAUGCUUCUUACAAACCCACCAGUCUGUUGUAUUAUUGUGUAUUAACGUGACAAAUUUCCAUAAGAUAGUAUGCCUUUUACUAACUUAAAUGUUCUUCAAAGGAUACUCAGCUGAGCAGACAGAUUUGAUUUGAACUGAUUAUAACGUACUGUAUGGACAUUUGUGUGCCAUUAAACCCUGUACAGAUGGAA